AUGGGAAAGAAAAAAGGUGUAAAGAAAAGUACUAAGAAAUCUAAAAAGGCACGACGUGUGAAACGAAAAGUAGUUAAACCAGAACUGCCUCCACCACUACCACCACCACCACCACCACCACCACCAUCACAAGGUGAGUUCAUAUGGAUUCAUAUUGGGCAAGCUGGUGUUCAAGUGGGAUUAUCAUGCUGGGAAUUGUUUUGUCUUGAACAUGGAAUCAAUCUAGAUGGAACAGUUAGAGAACUAACAACAAAUUCUACAUCAAUGUUUUCUUUGUUGGAAGACAAUUCCUAUGUGCCUAGGGUUCUGAUUGUAGACACUGAACCUUCAGUUAUAGAUGUUUUAAAACGUGGAAGUUUUCGAAAGUUGUUUGCUGAUGAGAAUAUAAUAUCUGGAAAGGAAAGUGCAGCAAGUAACUAUGCUGUUGGAUUUUAUGGAGUCGGCAAGACACUUGCAUCUAAAGUUAUGGAUCAACUGGCACGUUUAGCAGAAGAUUGUAAUUCAUUACAGGGUAUUGCUGUAUUUAGAUCAAUAAGUGGUGGUACUGGAUCUGGAAUGGGUUCAAGGAUCAUCGAAACCAUUAAAAACACAUAUCCUAACAAAACAAUUAUUGACUUAAACAUUUGCUCUUCAUCAGAAUUUUCAAAUAUUACUGUGGAACCAUAUAACACUGCCUUGGCAACUCAUCAUGUCUUAGAUUUAGUAAAUUGUUCUUUGCUCUUUGAUAACAAGUCAAUCUAUGAUAUAUGUGGUUCUAAAUUAGAUUUGCCUAAACCUACUUAUGCAAACAUAAAUAGUAUUGUAGCAUUAGUUACGUCAGGAGUUACUUCAUCACUUCGUUUUGAAGGUUCAAUGACAAGUAACAUUUCAAAAUUGUUAAACCAGUUAAUACCACAGCCCCGAUUGCAUUUUCCGUUAAUUUCAUACGCUCCCAUUACCAGUUGUGCCAGAAGUAUUUCAUCAGCUAGUACACAAUCAGCUGUAAUGAGCUUUGAUAGUGAUUAUCAAAUGAUCAAAAUUGAUCCCACACUAGGCAAAUAUUUGUCAAUUUGUAUGAUGUUCCGAGGUAAUUUAAGACCCACAAAUAUCAAUACAACCAUUGCUUUUCUUCAAAGAGAUCAUUCUAUUCCUGUAACACACAAUUUGAACUCUCCACUAUUCAAGUUUGGGCUAUGCAACCUACUUCCUAUCACUAUGCCAGGUAGUGGAAUUAUUGCGGCCUCUACAGCAACGACAACAUUGUGUAACAAUACAGUUAUAAAACAGUAUUGGAUGAACACAAUGAAAAAUUACAAUAAAUUGUUGACAAAAAGAGUUUUUUUACAUCAUUAUACAGGAGAAGGCAUGGAUGAAGCAACUUUUGAUACAACUAAUGGAAACAUUUCAAAAUUAAUAACAGAAUAUGAAGAAAUUGAAAAUUCUUAG